AUGUCUCUGUCUGCGACGGACAGCAACGGCUCCUUUGCCAGAGUUGCAUCUGGCAAGACGCCUCCUCCGGCGCCCUCAGCUGCCUAUGCGAAAAGAGCGAGGGAGCUCGAGGCUGAGCAGGGGAUCGGUGCUCGAUACAGGCCUCCCGCGCUGCGCGCCAUAGCCACUGGCGGUUCUCCUCCUAAUGACGGACCUCCAUCUGCCACCAACACGGGCGAUUCUUCUACGCUGACGCCCACGAACUACCCUGCGGGUUUCAGGAGGGCGAGGGCCGGUACCUUGCCUUCCAACGUUCAACUCGCCGCUCAGCGGUUUGCCGCCGCGUCCAGCACAUUGAGCGGCACCACCGCGGCUGCGGCUGCUACUGCGUCUACAGAUUCAUUCACGGAUCAGCUGCAGAGGCACAGCCUCGCCCCGCCACCUUCGACGGCGGCUGCCCCCGUCCGACCAGGCUUACGUCACUCAACUUCCGUUGCAUCCUCCGCCGCCUCAUCAGCUCUCACGGAGCGCAACAGUCGCCUCAGAUCGGGCUCAUUGACUCUGCCCUCUGCUGGCUUGUCUAACGCAUUCGGCAACUCGAUUUUUUCCACCUCGUGGCUCUCGUCGCGGAACGGAGGCCUGCCGGUUUUGGACGAUUUGCGAUCCGUUACGUCCAUGGACUCAGGCGCUGACGACUUUGACGUACAUACCCUCGACUAUCUCGGGCUAGACGAGACACUCCGCCACCCGCCAGCGGCCACCAUUUCGGAGUUGCGCAACCAAGCGCAGGCGGCGAUCGCCGGCAAUCUCGCGUCUAAUCCAUCCCGGCUGCGUGCGACCACGGUCUCGAACCCAUACCACCUUAGGCCCUCUGCAGGGACGUCGCUACUUUCUACGCCUAAUCCUGAGGAGGAGCUGUAUGGUCAGGAUGUUUAUGGCGGGCAGGGGCUGGAUUCAUACGGCGAUUCCGAGGGUGAUUACCUGUCAUCCGGUUACGUUGCGAAGGGUUUCAAGCAGGUUGAUCACCUCUCCGUCGGUCUUGGAUCGCGCCCUCGUGCGAUCUCUGUGGGCAAUCUCGAUGAUACCACUAGAGCUCUUCACAGGCGUGCUGGGGUCGCGGAGGCUCAGUCUGCCUAUGCAAAUGAUAUUGCCCUUCAAGGUGGUUUGGGUGGCAUUCUGCGUAACGACAAGGCGAAUGUCCGCGGUGGUGUGUCCCCCUCGGUUCACUUCCCCAAUGGCGAGCUGUCUCGCAGCAACUCGUACUUGAGUGCGCCUUCGAGUCAGAACCGGGCGACGUCUCCCAAGUCGGAGAAUUCCACGCAGAUGCAAACUCCCACGCGCUCCUUGUGGAUUGGGAAUUUGGACAGCUCAGUCACCAGCGAGCAACUCAUUCAUGUGUUCGCGCCUUAUGGUGCCAUUGAGAGUCUGAGGUUGUUGCCCGAGAAGGAAUGCGGCUUUGUGAACUUCGUCGAUCAGACGGAUGCUAUCAGGGCUAAGGAGGAUGUGCUCAACCGUCUUGGAGGGGAUAUAGGUAUGCCAAACGGACAAACCGUGCGCAUAGGUUUCGGCAAGGCCGACAGUGCGCCUGUGGCCCCCGCAAAAGGCACGAACAUGAACAGCCCUUCAGCUACUUCUCCCGGAGGUCCGCUGGGGAAGAGUACAAAUAACAACGCAGGGCUGGCGGGGAUGGAUGCGCAGCUGCAGUCUACGCCUACAAGGGCGUUGUGGAUUGGAUCCAUCCCGUCCACUACGACGCCUGCUACGAUUCUGAGUGUCUUCAGUCCAUAUGGGCCGAUUGAGUCUGCGAGGGUUCUGACGCACAAGAACUGUGGAUUUAUCAACUUUGAGCGACUGGACGAUGCCGUGAGGGCUCGGAAGGCUCUCAACGGGCGUGACGUGCUUGGGAGCGACGUUGGAGCCAUUCGCAUUGGCUUUGCCAAGGUUCCAGUCAAAAAUGGACCUGAGGGAAGCACCGGUCAAGAUGAAACCGCAGGCCUCAACGUACAGGGUGUUGGUGAUCUCAGUGUCGGAGCUACGAUUCACGCCCUUCGCAGCAUCAAGGGAGCGACUACCAUCCCCGUAGAUCAGCAGGUCCUUAGUGGUGCAGUGGAGAAUUACCGAUCUAACUUGCUCCUGAGCUUGAUUGCGUCUGGUGCUCAUACUGGCGCUUACGAUAGUGCUGGUAAGCCGGCUGGCUGGACCCCAUCGGUCACCGAGCAGCAAAUGAUUAUGAAGGAGCUCAGUGGCGGCAGUCCUGAUGCCGAGGCUGAUAUCCAGAUCCUUGCUGAAUUCCGACCGCCUACCAUGUACUAUACCACCAUUCCUCUCGUGUCUGAGAGGCCGCACAACAGGCGAUGGGAUGCAUCGAAGCUGCGUGAGCUGCGCAAGCGCCUUGACACCAGCACCAUUUCCACGGAGGAGAUUGACAAUGUCGCUGCCGACUUCUUGGACGGAGAGAUUGUUGACCUCGCGUCGGAUUGGCUUGGUAAUACGGUUGUACAAAAAUUGUUUGAGAAGUGUUCUCCAGGUCCCAGGCUGGCAAUGUUGGAGCGAAUCAGCCCGCACCUCGCCAUGAUCGGCAUCCACAAGAAUGGGACGUGGGCAGCGCAGAAGAUUAUCGAGUGUGUCCAGACCCCGGACGAGGUCGCUCUGAUCACGCAGAACUUGCGGCCUUACGUUCCGCCGCUCCUUCUGGACCAGUUCGGCAAUUACGUCGUACAGUGCUGUCUCCGCUUUGGUGCGCCUGCCACGGAUUUCUUAUUCGAUGCCAUGGUGGACCGCUUGUGGGAGAUCGCCCAGGGACGUUUUGGAGCCCGUAGCAUGAGAGCUUGUCUUGAGAGCAGUCACAUCACGCUCAGCCAGCAGCGCCGUAUUGCCACGGCCAUCAUUCUUAACUCUAUUCCGCUGGCAACCAACCCGAACGGCGCCCUCCUCCUGACAUGGCUUCUCGACACAUCCAGCUUCCCCUCGAGAUACAAUUUGCUCGCGCCGCGUUUUACGCCGCACUUGUCGCACCUCUGCACGCACAAGCUCGCUUCGCUCACUGUCCUCCGGAUCGUCAACCAGAAGGUGGAGUCUGAAGCGUCCGCGCAGAUUGUAGAGGCCUUGUUCUCCUCUCCUGGCGACCAUGUUCUCACGGAUGUCCUUGGCGACCAAGUCAAUGGUGUGGCUGUUGUCCACAAAAUUUUGACGAGUCCCUUCGUCGACCCUGUCAAGCGCCCGAGUUACAUCGAGGCCACCAAACGCGUCCUCAUCGAAUUGAAAGUGAUCGCCACCCAGGCCUACCGUCGUCUAAUCGAGGAGGUCGGUUUGCCAGUACCCAACCUGCAGCCCACCUACACGACGAACGCUCCUCCUUCCAACGGCAAGAACAAGUACACUGCCCAGAGCAACUUCGGGAUGCCAGGUUUGCCAGCUGGGUAUCCUUCGAGUGAUCAGGGCCUUGCGUCGAUGAUGGCGGCGCUCCAAAUGGGUGGGCAGAAUGCUGCGUCUGCACCCCCUCGCCUCCAGAUCGACCCGGCGUAUGGCCAGGGCAGUGUUGGGGGACGAGGUCGCUCCCCUAACCCUGCCUCCACAUUCUCUCCCUCGACUGACCCUUUCAACCCGUUUGCAAUGCGGUCUCCCGAUAUGUCCAGUCCCCGCAACAGCGUUCCUCGCCGUAAUGGAGGCGUCCAGUCAGGCAAUCACCAGUCGAGCGUUCCGUUCGGUGCACAGUCCCCUAGCCUUACGCAAGCUGCCAACCUGAUGGGCAUGGGACAGCCCUCUUACAACAACAUGACGCCGCAAUCAGUUCCGCCGCACGUUUACCAAGCAUAUAUGUACCAGAUGUACCAACAGCAAAACUCGCCCAACGUCGGCACCUUCCACGCUUAGAGCGCAAGUCAAUCGCACUGCUAUCGUUGACGACCAUCACGAAUUGCUCUCGGGACAAAAGUUCCAGAUAUGAAGUACUGUUCCUCUGUUCCCUCCUGCUGUUAUAUAUACUGUUCUCUCACUGGGCCCGCGAACGGUUGUUUGCUACCCGGAUUAUAUACCCCUCUGAAAGCAAUAGUUGGUGCGCUCUCACACUCCCUUGCUCAUUUACAAACAAAAGCAGGUUCAAGCACCAUGGGGCGGUGUCAUAUGCUGACGCUGUGAAGUGGGUGCAUGGUUGGUUGUUCAGGUCUCUACUACUCCUCGGUCGCUACAAUGUACAAGUACGGAAGGCUGUAGGAUAUGGCCGAUAAAUCUAGCGUAUAGAUGAACUUGUCUGAAC